AGGCUGGCUCCAGCGGCCGCGGCGGCGGAGGCGGCAGCGGCAGCUCCCGAGCAGCAGGCGGAGGGCUGGCAGCGGGGCUACGGGCUUCCCGGAGCACGAGAGGAGGAAGAGCCGGAGCUGGAGCCGAAGAGGAGCAGGAGCGGACGCGGUGCCCGCGGCCCCUGGGGACCAGGCAUGGAGAACAGAAAGCUUAUUUCUGCCACAGAUACUCAGUACUCUGGUAAUCUACUGAACUCCUUGAAUGAGCAACGAGACCAUGGCCUGUUUUGCGAUGUCACUGUGAUUGUGGAAGAUCGAAAAUUCCGGGCCCACCGGAAUGUUCUGUCCGCAUCAAGUACUUACUUCCACCAGCUUUUUGCAGUUGCUGGGCAAGUGGUAGAACUAAACUUUAUAAGGGCAGAGAUUUUUGCAGAAAUUCUCAACUAUAUUUAUAGUUCUAAACUUAUGCGUAUUAGAUCAGAUCUACUUGAUGAGUUAAUUAAGUCAGGGCAGUUGUUAGGAGUUAAGUUUAUAGCAGAUCUUGGUGUACCUUUGUCACAGGUUAAAAGUAUCUCAGGUGCAAUAAAGCAAGAUAGUGGUGAUACCUUAGCUCCUGGGACAGAUGAAAAAGAUCUUCAAGUGCAGAAGGCAGAAAAUGAAGGGUCUGAUGCUGGGAUAACUAUGAUGCCUGUUAUCACUGAGACUUUUUCUUUAUGUGCUGAAGAUUAUGAGACAAAAAAAAUUGGUACUGAUUCUGAUGAAGACGAUGAUGUCAUUUUCUGCUCCGAAGUCUUACCUCCCAAAGAGGCUUUGCCAGGUGGUAAUGCGGCAGCACAAGUCCAGCCUGACCCAGGGCCUGUUGCCUAUGCAGAUAAGGCUUGUGGUACUAGUAGCUCACCCCCUCUAACAAAUAAACCACUGCAGACAAUUGCUACUUCUGCGAACCAGAUGGGCCCAAGCCAAACCCGAAAUAGUGAAGAAACACUUAAGUCUUCAGCCCCAAAGCAUCUGACUCCCAACAUCAUUUUGUUAAAUCAGCCAUGUCUUAACUCCCUACCAAGUUCUUCACAUCCUAGUCAGGUGUCUCCUUCUGUUAAUUUACUUGUACAGAAUCAUCAGCAGACAUCAAAUAACAGCAUGGCUUUACCUAAACGUAGGGCUAAUGUAGAAGUGGAAGCAGAGAUUAUAGAUGAUGAUGAUGACACUAUUAGUUCUAGUCCAGACUCGGGAGUCAGUAAUCCCUCUUUGCUCCCCCAGCCUGAUGCUGCUUUUAAUGGCUCUGUAGUCCAGUCAAAGCAGGUCUCUCUUUUUCAUCAAGAACCACUCUGUAACUCUUUAAAAAUUUCAAACGUCAUUGCUGAAAGUAGUAAGGAGUCAGGUGGAGGUGCGAAACAUGUGAUGGAGGGUCAGAAGAUCAUUACGCUGGAUACAGCGACUGAAAUUGAAGGUUUAUCUACUGGUUGUAAAGUUUAUGCAAAUAUUGGGGAGGACACAUAUGACAUAGUGAUUCCUGUCAAAGAUGACCCUGACGAGAAAGAGGCCAAGCGUGAUAGUGAGGUCCCGAAAACAUCUGGCGAUGAGCCUUCGAACAAGCGCGUGAAAGUCAAACAUGAUGAUCACUAUGAAUUAAUUGUAGAUGGGAGGGUGUAUUAUAUUUGUAUCGUGUGCAAAAGAUCUUAUGUCUGUCUGACAAGUUUGCGGAGACAUUUUAACAUUCAUUCUUGGGAGAAGAAGUAUCCGUGCCGUUAUUGUGAGAAGGUAUUUCCCCUUGCAGAAUACCGCACCAAACACGAGAUUCAUCAUACUGGAGAGCGUCGGUAUCAGUGUUUGGCCUGUGGCAAAUCCUUCAUCAACUACCAGUUUAUGUCUUCACAUAUAAAGUCAGUUCAUAGUCAGGACCCUUCUGGUGAUACCAAACUAUAUCGCCUACAUCCAUGCAGGUCUCUGCAGAUCAGGCAAUAUGCUUACCUUACUGAUCGGCCUAGGAGUAUACCUGUAAUAAAGGAAGAUGGAAUUGUGUAUAAGGUUGAUGGUGGGAAAGAACCUUCAGAAGGGACUGCCACAUCUACUCCCCAAAGCAAGCCAAUGACUUGGGAUGAUAUCUUUAUUCAACAGGGAAAUGAUUCAAUGUUUAAACAAAAUGUAACAGAUGGCAGCACUGAGUUUGAAUUUAUAAUACCAGAAUCCUACUGAAUUGCUUUGGGGGAAAAAACCAAAACAAAACCUGAGUUUGUGUCAGGGGGCAAUGGUUUCAAAAGACCAGUAAAUUUAAAUUGGGGUGAAAGCAAGUUAAUUAGUCAUUCAGAGUCAUCCGAAAGUAGUUUUUAUUUGCAUUAUUUUUAGUUACAGGAAAUUGGUAGGAGCAAAUUUAUCUGAAAUUUUACUUGAAUAUAAAUUGAGGAGUUAUCUCCAGGGCAAGCUGUUUGUUAGUUUAUUUUCGGGGUUUUUUUGUUUGUUCGUUGGUUUUUUAAGAAAAAUUAAUGGUAUGAAGAGGUAGAAUUUAAAAAGAAUUUGAAGCAGUCACUCCUCUCUAACAGGUAUUAUUGGCAUACCUGAAAAAUUGAACCUAUUUUAUGAAUUUUCUAUUAUGUAUAGCACUUUACUGCUGAUUUCUGCAAAAAAAAAAACCCAUUUGAACAAUGAGUCUACAAUUUUUGUGUUGUUUAACGUGUAUGAAAUAAAAAUAUCCAGCAGCUUUGAAAGUUAUUUUGAAAAGGUUCAAAAUAACUAUCCUGCCCACUUGGAUGGCAUACUUUGGGUCCAGCAGUGCCGUAUCGCUCUGGUCCAAAUGGAUUGUUAAACUCCCAUCCGGAUAGUUAAACCUGUCCUUUCUUAUAAGCUUGUCACCUGGAACAGUGAUAGAAUUGGGCUCAUCAGAACAAGCUUGACUUAUAUCUGGCCAUGUACCGAAAGAGACCGAUGGCUGGUCCACUUUAUCCCUUUGCCACAUGGGAUAUGCAGAGGGAAUCAUGACGGACUAAGAUCUGAAUGGUAUGGAAUGGAGAAAAAGGAGAAGUCCUGCAGCGAUUAUUUUGUUAGGAAAUUGUCAAGAGCUCUCAACUUCAGACACAGAAUGAAGUUAGGAAGCGUUAUUGAUUUGCUCGUGACUGACGGGCCCAGAUUUAUGUAAUGUUACUUUUACUUUUUUAAUCUGAAGGCUGCAUUAUGGGCUUGCAUAUGUGCAUAAAACUAUAAAAAUACCUAAACUCCAUGGUUUUGGGGGAGGAGUCCCUCGAUGUAAAUUCUUAAACCUAGAAUUUUCUAGUAGGAAGUUUUCAUUUAAAACAAUUGAUGUGUUUGUUUUUUUUUUUCCUCAAAGAAAAACCUUAGCUUUUUAUGUGUUCUAAGGUAUGCUUUGCUCUAUUCUACCUGCAAAUCACUGUGAUGCUACAGCAUUUGGAAACUUUGUGUGGAAUCAUGUUGGCCUACCGGCCUGUGUGUCAUCUUCAAAGUGACGCACCGAUGGGAAACUUUCAUUGGAAAGGCUAGUAAAGUGAGCAAGCACAUAUACUUCACUUAGUUAUUUCCUAAGUCAGCCUGUUGAAUUUUCUGUAAAUGAUUUGCAAAAAGAAAAAAAAAUGUAAAAAAUACAAAAAAAAGUUAAUACGAAAAGGUUGUGCAUAGUAAUAGUUAUUUGUAACCUUUCAUUAAAUAUUUCUUAUCUGACAGUUUAAAAGAAUUUUUCUUUUUAUGUAUUAUAAGAAAUAACUUUUUUUAAGCUUAAAGCUUUAAUUAUAAGUUUUCAUGCAUAUGUCAUUGUUGCCAAGAUGAGUUAGAUUUGAAGAUGAUGAUUUUAAAGCUUCUAAAGCUACAAAGGUACCAGAAAUCAGUAUUUUUAAUAAAAGGAGAACAAAACAUAAAUCAUUCUUUGCCUAACCAGGUGUAUGCUGUGCAUAUGUUUUCUGUCUUGCGUGUGAAUAGAUUUUUCAAAUCAUGAUCAUUUUGUAAAUUAACCUUUUUAAAAAAUUGGGAAGUAGCUUUUAAUUUAAGACCCUGCUACCAGAAACCACAGUAGUAGAGUUUGUGUAUAGAUAUUAAUGAUGUUAUUCUUUGGUCAUAAGAGUGUACUUGCUUUGAAAAAUGUUCUUGGUUGAAUUUUAUUCGUUUCAUUAACAUACUUCAUCAGUUAAACACGAUUAUUAUGAGUGUGAACAAUACCUAUACCAGCAUAGCUUUCAGACCUUUCAGACCUAAUGGCCUAUGUACAGUUCAACACAUAGACACAUUUGGUCACACUAAGGCUUGGUAAGUUUUAUGAAUCUGUUGUGACAAAUGGGGAAUUCCUUGUACCACUCCAAUUCUUUAUUCAGAAUGAAGUGGAUGUAAUUAUUUGCUGCUGAAUGUGCCCUAUUGAAGUCCUGAUCCUUAAAUUUAAGCCCUAUGCCUAUUAAAGGUCACUUUUUGAAGGGCUAGAGGGGAGCAGGGGUUUUGAGGAAAACUGGAAAAAUUAACAUUAAAUUGUAUUUCUGCCAGAAGACUCUUACUUGCAUGUGUCUCAGGGUCUUCAGUUUUCCUAGGAGUAAUUUCAAUAUCCAAAGUCCAGAGCGCAUAUGAAAAACUUUUGGGGGGGAAUAAAACCCUUCACUUCUAGUAUUUAUUGGGUUGAAAAUGUGUAGGGGCCCCUGUUGAUGAUUUUUUAUGGGGCCUGUUGGCCUUUAGAUCUCAGCCUGUUGCACUUACUGUUUUGGUUGUUAACGCUAAAUUUCCUGUAAAUAUUAGCAGAUGUUGAUGCUUUGAAACAGUACUCGCAUUUGAAACAGUUACAUAAUUUGACAACGCUGAAAGUCUUAGCAAAAUCAGGAAAAAAAAUGCCAUAGCAAACUUGCAAGAACCAUUUUGAAAUACUUUCAAUGUUCAUAAUGAUUUUUAGUGGUGAAUAUCCUCCGCCCUGUCACUAAGGGAAACUCUGCUACGUCUUUCCAGUAUAGCAAAGAGCAACAUAACACAUUCGAGGUAAUCAUUGUCAGAGGCUGCAUAUUUAUUUUCUGCUGUUGUUAAGGCAUGACUAUUAUCAAGGUCCGAGAGCCGAUAAACUGUACAUUGUCUUAAGAGCUUUGACUUCCAUAGCUCCGAAUUCAAACUGUCUGCUGUUUAUUUUUACUGACACUGUAAUGUGUAUAUAUACACUUGUACAGUCUUUGCUUAACUUUUUAAAGUUGUGCUUUAAACUUUAACCAGUAAUUCUUGCUCUUAGUUUUUAGAAGCUUUCUAUGGCAAAAAUAAAAAAAAGUUUUAAUUCUGA